GCGCCUACCAUGUCCGUCGAUGAGAGAGAGAGAGAGAGGGGGGGGCGCGAGAAAGCAAAGAGGUGUGUGGAGAGGAACAGAAAUUGGAUCUCUCUGAAUAAAAAAACAGAGGGAAAGAUAAACAAAUCCGAUCCGCACUGCUGCUGAGCGCAUCGGAGUCAAAACCAACCGUCCCUGUCUUUCCUCUGACUUUCCCCCACCACUUCUUCCUUGUGAUGUCGUCGUCCUCUUUCGGCCGCCUCACAAUCCAGCGCAGAGCAGGGAUGACGAGGUCGACGAGAUCCUCCUCCAUGCAGCGCUGCUUGCGCUUCUUUCUCCUCCUCUAAGCCUGCCGCCUGCCCGUCUGGAUUUUGCUCCCGCUUAAAGGCGGAGUCUUGGGAGCUUCUGCGACGACUGCUGCUCUGCGCUCGUCGUCAUCUCUCGCCGCUCCUGUUCUUGGUGCUCGGUCGAUGCAUGCAGCGGCAGCGUAGCCAGGUGGUGUGAGGCAGCUCCGGCGAGAAUUGCUCACUUCCCUUGCGGCGCUCGCGGUCGUUCAUGCCCGGCAGCAAAACAGCCUCCUUCCCGGAUCCCGCCACCGCCUGUCGCCGGAGAUGGGAGGCUUCCGCUGGCUGUUCCACUUCCUGCUCGUCUCCGCGCUGCUCCACGUCGUCCGUUCCGGUUCCUCCCUGGAGUCCCAGGCGUGCGACUCCGCCGACCUGAAGGCGCUCCUCGCCUUCUCCGAUGGCUUGGACAGCAAACCCGCCGGGCUCGUCGGGUGGGGCCACGGCGACGGCGCCGCCUGCUGUUCCUGGACGGGCGUCGCCUGCGAUCUCGGGCGGGUGGUCGCGCUGGAUCUCUCCAACAAGAGCCUCCACGGCGGCAUCUCCUCCGCGCUCGCCUCCCUCGACGCCCUCGCCGCGCUCAACCUCUCCCGGAACGCGCUUCGCGGCGCCGCGCCGGAGGAGAUGGCCCGCCUGCGGAGCCUGCGGGUGCUCGACCUCAGCGCGAACGCGCUCUCCGGCCCGUUCCCGGCUGCCACCGCCGCCGCCGCCGGCGGCUUCCCGGCGAUCGUGGAGGUCAACAUCUCCUUCAACAGCUUCGACGGGCCGCACCCCGCGUUCCCCGCCGCGGCGAACCUGACGGCGCUUGAUAUCUCCGGCAACAACUUCUCCGGCGGCAUCAACUCGUCCGCGCUCUGUCUUGCGCCGCUCGAGGUCCUGCGCUUCUCCGGGAAUGCCUUCUCCGGCGAGAUACCCAGUGGGUUGAGCCGGUGCAGGGCGCUCACCGAGCUCUCUCUCGACGGCAACUAUUUCACCGGCAACAUCCCCGGCGACCUGUACACGCUGCCCAACCUAAAGAGGCUGAGCUUACAGGAAAAUCAGCUUACCGGCAACCUCGGCACUGACCUUGGUAACCUCUCUCAGAUCGUGCAGCUUGACUUGUCCUAUAACAAGUUCACAGGCUCCAUCCCUGAUGUCUUUGGAAAGAUGAGGUGGCUAGAGUCCGUAAACUUGGCCACCAAUAGGUUGGAUGGUGAAUUGCCUGCUUCCCUGUCAAGUUGUCCACUGCUGAGGGUGAUCAGCCUGAGGAACAACUCGCUGUCUGGUGAGAUUGCUAUUGACUUCAACUUGCUGCCGAAGCUGAAUACUUUUGAUAUUGGAACCAACAAUCUGAGUGGUGUUAUACCUCCUGGCAUCGCCGUGUGCACCGAGCUAAGGACGCUGAAUCUUGCAAGGAACAAGCUUGUGGGGGAGAUACCAGAGAGCUUCAAGGAGUUGAGAUCCCUGUCGUACCUCUCACUGACAGGGAAUGGCUUCACGAACCUGGCAUCAGCAUUGCAGGUCUUGCAACACCUGCCCAACCUGACAGGCUUGGUGCUCACCAGGAAUUUCCGUGGUGGCGAGACAAUGCCAGUGGAUGGCAUCAGUGGGUUCAAGAGCAUGCAGGUGCUCGUCCUGGCAAACUGUUUACUGAAAGGCGUAAUUCCGCCGUGGCUGCAGAGCUUGGGAAGCCUCAAUGUGCUGGACAUUUCAUGGAACAACUUAAAUGGGAAUAUCCCACCGUGGCUAGGGAAACUGGACAACCUCUUCUACAUCGACCUGUCAAACAAUUCUUUCAGUGGUGAGCUUCCUAUGAGCUUCACGCAGAUGAGGAGUUUGAUUUCAACUAAAGGCUCAAGUGAGCGGUCACCAACAGAGGACCUCCCAUUGUUCAUCAAGAGGAAUUCAACUGGCAAAGGUUUGCAGUACAACCAAGUCAGCAGCUUCCCACCAUCACUUAUACUCUCGAACAAUCUGCUUGUUGGGCCGAUCUUGUCAAGUUUUGGUUAUCUUGUGAAGCUUCAUGUCCUGGACCUGAGCUGGAACAACUUCUCAGGGCCAAUCCCUGAUGAUCUGUCAAACAUGUCGAGCUUGGAAGUGCUAAAUUUGGCCCACAACAAUCUCAGUGGGACAAUACCUUCAUCUCUAACUAAGCUGAAUUUUCUCUCCAAGUUUGAUGUGUCAUACAACAAUUUGACUGGAGAUAUCCCUACCGGUGGGCAAUUCUCCACAUUCGCACCUGAGGAUUUUGAUGGUAACCCUACACUCUGCCUUCGGAAUUCUUCAUGCGCAGAGAAGGAUUCAUCUUUGGGAGCUGCACACAGUAAGAAAAGCAAAGCUGCCCUUGUCGGCCUUGGACUGGGAACUGCAGUUGGGGUUCUCCUUUUUUUGUUCUGUGCUUAUGUGAUCGUGUCAAGGAUUGUUCAUUCAAGAAUGCAGGAGCGCAAUCCAAAGGCUGUAGCAAAUGCUGAAGACUCUGAGUCUAACUCUUGCCUGGUGCUGCUUUUCCAAAACAACAAAGAAUUCAGCAUUGAGGACAUCUUGAAGUCCACCAACAACUUUGAUCAAGCCUAUAUAGUUGGAUGUGGUGGUUUUGGUCUUGUCUACAAAUCAACAUUACCAGAUGGGAGGAGAGUUGCAAUCAAAAGGCUUUCAGGCGACUACUCUCAGAUCGAACGGGAAUUCCAAGCCGAGGUAGAGACACUUUCACGGGCUCAACAUGAAAACCUUGUCUUGCUGCAAGGUUAUUGCAAGGUUGGCAAUGACCGGCUGUUGAUCUACUCAUAUAUGGAGAAUGGUAGCUUGGAUUACUGGCUUCACGAGAGGGCUGAUAGUGGGAUGCUGCUGGAUUGGCAGAAGAGGCUACGGAUUGCACAGGGUUCUGCAAGGGGACUGGCAUACCUGCAUAUGUCUUGUGAUCCCCACAUACUGCAUCGAGAUAUCAAAUCAAGCAAUAUCCUUCUGGAUGAGAACUUUGAGGCCCAUCUGGCCGAUUUUGGCUUAGCAAGACUCAUCUGUGCAUAUGAGACACAUGUCACCACAGAUGUCGUGGGAACCUUGGGGUAUAUUCCUCCUGAAUAUGGGCAAUCACCCGUGGCAACUUACAAGGGUGAUAUAUACAGCUUUGGUAUUGUUCUGCUGGAGCUACUCACUGGUCGGAGGCCUGUGGACAUGUGCAGGCCAAAAGGGACCAGGGAUGUGGUGUCAUGGGUGCUUCAGAUGAAGGAGGAGGGCAGAGAAACUGAAGUUUUUCAUCCAAGCAUACAUCACAAGGACAACGAAAGCCAGUUGAUGAGAAUCCUUGACAUAGCGUGCCUUUGUGUGACUGCUGCCCCAAAAUCAAGACCAACAUCGCAGCAGCUAGUCGCAUGGCUCGACAACAUCGCGGAGUGCUGAGGUCUACUGCAAUCCUAGUUGCCAGUGGCUUCAGUUUGCUUGCUUGAGCAGGAUCAGCCUGAUAGCUUGUUAAGAAUGAUUAGUUGUGUACAUAAUAUUUUACAUAGAGUGAUAUGCCGAGAGUUCUGUUGUCUUGCUCCCCUCUCAAGUAAUGAUAUGAACAUCUUCUUUUACUUCAUAAGGUGGUUGCAAGAUCAUCAGAGUGUAAAAAUGCUUUGUAGGCUUACCCUCAUUACAAUAAUCUAGCGUUGAUAUGAGCAGCUCUCCUACAGGUUUGUGGCACGCCUUGUAACUUCAGUUAUUCGUAUGGGGCAGGUUUUGCAGUUGCAGCAAAUUAACCAGGCAUCUCUUCAUGUU